AGCCGCUCGUGAUCGAUCUGCAUGAUGGAGUAUGGUUGGCAAGAAAGGACUUGAAGACGAGCUGUCAACGAGGCAAUCCUGUUCCCUGACGAGUCGAGUUGAUCAGCCAAUCAGGAUCAAACGGAGACGGAGUUAUUAGCCUGACAGUAGAUUGCAAUGAAAGAUCUCGAAAAUGACACCAAGCCUGUGCAGCCGGCUAAAAGUUGCAGUUUUUUUUGUUUGUUUUUUUGAGAACGCUACAAGUUGCAGUUUGAGAUGCUAAGAUAGUAAGAUCGAAUGUGCCGGCCGGAUUCCGCAAGAUCGAGUCGGAGAAUGACAAUGCCACAAGCAUGGUGCAGUCCCAUGGUGGAUGGAUGGGUGAGGCGGAGAUGUUCGGUGAGCCUAGUCCACGUAGGACCCUGCUACCAUGGCCCACAUGCUAGUGAGGCAAAAUUGAUCCUCUUCCUCGGCGGCCCACCUCAGCUAUGGUUCCCCUUCAGCUUCGGUCCUCCAUGGAUGGUUAUGUUCUGCCCCGCGGCGGCGUGGCCUCUGCGACCCUGCUCCACUCCAUCCCACUCGACCCCGCGCGCGCGCCCCUCCCUCUACCGCGCUGCAUCCGACUCAACCCGCCGGCGCCUCCACUGCCGCUCGGGAGGAUCGAGCCUCAGAUUCGGCCGACCGGCGGCUCGAUCCUACGACCAAGCCUCAGUUUCCGGCGUCGCCUCCACCGCAUCGGCCCUGGGCCCUGGCUGUCCCAUUCUAUUUCUCCCUUCACCCCCCUGCACAAUUUUUGUUUCCUAUUCGGUUCGGUUUUGCUUCCUGACACCACGGUUCGACUGCUUAAUCGUAAUGUAGGUUGCUCGGUUUGCUUUUGCCAGGAUUUAUGCGUGCAUCGGACCUGCUCUUUAGUACCUUUACUGUGCCACAUUAUAAGAGAUGGGAGAUGUGUGUUAUUGUCUUUGUUGGAACAAAUGGACAGACAUACUUCAUCACAGCUUCACUCGUUACAAGCAUCCAGAACUUCCCAAAGAGCAGGGGCCCAACAGUGGGCAUCCUGAAAGGAUUCAUGGGCCUAACAAGUGCCAUUCUGACACAAGUUUAUGCAGUAAUACACACGCCAGACCAUGCUACGCUUAUUUUCUUGAUUGCUGUUGGUCCAUCGUUGGUUGCCAUUGGCCUGAUGUUUGUUAUUAGGCCUGUUGGAGGUCACAGGCAGGUACGGCCAUCCGACAAGAACAGCUUCAUGUUUAUCUACACCGUUUGCUUGCUCCUUGCCUCGUACCUUGUUGGUAUCAUGCUAGUCCAAGAUUUCCUGGAACCUAGCUAUGAUGUGGUUGUUUUUCUCACUGUGAUUCUGUUCGUCCUUAUUAUUUCACCAAUUGCAAUCCCUGUGAUCUUGUCGUUAACGUCGGAAAAAGUGGAGCAUCCAAUGGAAGAGGCUCUCCUAUCCGAACCAUUGGCAGGAGAGGCAAGCACUUCACAAGAAAAGGAGGAUCAACCAGAGGUCUUUUUGAGUGAGGUGGAGGAGGAGAAACCUAAGGACACUGAUUCAUUACCACCAUCUGAAAGGAGGAAAAGGAUUGCAGAAUUACAGGCCAAGCUAGUGGAAGCAGCAGCAAGGGGCGGGGUUAGAAUCAAAAGGAGACCACACAGAGGAGACAACUUCACCCUGAUGCAGGCAUUUGUGAAGGCUGAUUUUUGGCUUAUUUGGCUAUCGCUUUUGCUUGGGUCAGGAUCAGGGCUGACAGUCAUCGAUAACCUGGGUCAGAUGAGCCAGGCUAGUGGUUUCAAAAAUGCACAUAUCUUUGUGUCAUUGAUGAGCAUAUGGAACUUCCUUGGUCGUGUUGGAGGUGGCUACUUUUCUGAGAUCAUUGUCAGGGAGCGUACAUACCCAAGGCACAUAGCAUUGACAUUUGCUCAGAUCGUGAUGGCUGCUGGGCAUUUCCUUUUUGCGAUGGCUUGGCCUGGAACAAUGUACAUUGCAAGCUUGCUGGUUGGACUCGGAUAUGGAGCUCACUGGGCUAUUGUGCCAGCUGCUGUCUCUGAACUUUUCGGUGUAAAACACUUUGGUGCUAUGUACAAUUUUCUCAUACUAGCAAACCCCACAGGAUCGCUCAUCUUCUCCGGUCUAAUUGUCAGUAACCUCUAUGAGUAUGAAGCUGAGAAACAAGGUCAACAACAUCAGAUAUCAGCAUUGAUGUCUCCGCGAUCGCUUCACAACAUGAGCUUUCUUGCAGAUGGACCACUGAAGUGUGAAGGGCCUGCUUGCUUCUUUGUCAGCUCUCUGAUUUUGUCGGUGUUCUGUGUAAUUGGAGCUGGCUUGAGCCUCCUCGUUGUUCACAGGACUAAACGGGUUUAUGCUCGCCUCUAUAGUUCUGUCCGGACAUGAGAAUCUCCAUGGAUGGAAAUGUUCAAAUCCUCCUAUUCUUGUUCAUGUACUGUACAUUCUUGCGUGCAUAUACACAAAGAUAAGUUGAUCUGUAAAUUCUCAAAUCUUUUCGGAGCUUUUAUUGUAAAAGUAGCUAGUUUGAAGUGAAAAAUACAUCCCAUGUGACAUGGGACUAUGGAUUCCGACACUUGCUGUCCUGCAAAUACAUUUCCCUAUUUUGGGCAUCCUGCCAAGGAUUAUUUACUUAGAUGAUUACCUGUA